AAAGCUAGUAGGAAGCAAUCCUGGCCUGCUGACGUCACUUCCUGAUGAAAGACUCAUCCUAAGAUUCAGCAGGGACGACUGUAUUAUUCUUAUUACAGACAUGAGACUGAAUUUGGUAUUAGCUGUCACUCUGAUGUCCAUCCCCAUGGCACUUGUGCAAGGGGCUGAAAAGAAAAAACUACAGAUUGGAAUCAAGAAAAGAGUGGACAACUGUCCUAUAAAGUCCCGAAAGGGAGACGUGUUGAACAUGCACUACACUGGGAAACUGGAGGAUGGGACAGAAUUUGACAGCAGUAUACCGAGGAAUCAGCCCUUCACCUUCACUCUUGGCACGGGACAGGUCAUCAAGGGCUGGGAUCAGGGUUUGUUGGGGAUGUGUGAGGGUGAGAAGAGGAAGCUGGUUAUUCCCUCUGAGCUUGGUUAUGGCGACAGAGGAGCGCCACCUAAAAUUCCUGGUGGUGCCACACUCAUCUUUGAAGUAGAACUGUUGAGCAUUGAGAGAAGAUCUGAUUUAUAGUGACAGAUUUGUGGGGCUGUCAGUCUUAAGCAUUUAAAAUCAGUGUUUUUGCAGCAAGAUUAACGACUGCAGCUGCACACUUAACUGCUGUACUGGUGUGUCAAACUUCAGGUGUCAAAGGGAGAGUCUGUGAAAGCGCUAUCAUUUAUUCACUGUCGUGUCAUUCCAAAACUGUACGACUUUCUUUCUUUGGUAGAGCAUACAAGAAAAUAUUUUGAAGAA